AUGCAGUCAAUCAAUGACCUGAGCAGUUACGAAAUCAACCCAGCAGACCGUUGGGAACCUCUUAAAAGUCUCAUUAUUGGACUAGAGGCGUUACUUGAGAAAGCAUUAACCACCCUAACGGCUAGCCCCCAAAGCCACAGGUAUAAAGCUCUCACACAGUCAACAGAAGGCCGGCCCAUUUGUAGAAUAGUAGCAGAUGCCGUUUAUGUUCUUGAUGCCAUUGUAGGCAUUGACCACUACGACAAUGCAACAAUUGAAACAUCACGGCACAUUCGAAAAGGUGGCUAUGCACAAUUUCUUAAGAUCAACGGGCUCCGCGCGAAGAGAGUGGGGAUAGUGAGGAAACCCUUCUACAAUUUUGGGAUUGAUAUUAUUGCCACUCGAACCAUUGAGCAACAGCUAAAAACACCAAGAUUCUACCUUCAAUUAGAUGUUAGUGUAAUGAGACUAUUGUUCUAUACCAUUAUGGAAGAAGAUUCUGGCAAUAUAUCUAAUUAUGAACAAGACCUGUUUAUAAAAGCUAAAGCAACAAAUGGAAUUGGAAAUGCAGAGAAGGUUAGGCUGUCGAAUUUAGCAAAACUAACUAGAGAAGGUUUUGUGAAGUUGAUGACAAAGAAUAAGCUAGAUGCAAUAGUUACUCCUGGUAAGUCGUUGUCUCGUGUCCUUGCAAUUGGGGGUUUCCCAGGAGUAAUUGUUCCUGCUGGAUAUAACUCUGACGGGGAAGCACUUGGGUUAUGCUUUGGAGGACUAGAGGGUUCAGAGCCUAAGCUAAUUGAGAUCACCUAUGGCUUUGAGCAAGCGACAAAGAUCAAGAAGCCUCCUAAUAAAUUGAAAACUUAA